AUGGAAAUACUGAAAUGUAUUAAAGAGAUUCCCAAAAAGAUAUUAAAGUGGGUUAUUAGUAAUUGGAAAUGUAUGGUUUUCUUUGUCAUAUUUACAAUAUGCCUUUGUUUAUUAUAUUUUUGUGAUUGGAAAGUUCAUUAUGCAAAUAGUGUGUCUACAAAAACAUUUUUGUUUAUGUUUACAUUUGAUGUAAUGCUGACGUUAUUAUUAGCAGAAGUAAUGCAUCCAGGAAUGAUGAUUCUCUUAACAUCUAUUUUACUUGUAUUUCUUCAAAUCAUCACACCUGCAGAAGCAUUUGUUGGAUUUUCAAAUAAUAGUACAUUAACAGUAUUGGUUGCAUUAAUUAUUUCUGAAGCAGUUGAUAAAACUGGUGGACUAAAAUUUGUAGGAAGAUUUCUUUUACCAGAUACACCACAAAAAUAUAUUUGGCCUUCUGCAAUACGAUUAUUUCCAUUUGUUAUGGCUGUAUCAUUAUUUUUAAAUAAUACUCCAGUUGUUGCUAUGUCUAUUCCAUUAAUAUUUGCAUGGACUAAAACGUCAACACAACCAGCAUCUAAAUUAUUAUUGCCAAUGUGUUAUGCUAUUCAAUAUGCUGGAAUGAAUAGUAUUCUUGGAACUUCAACAAAUCUUGUUGCUAAAGGAUUAAUUUUAAAUCAAGUUGAUAUUGUUAAUUCAAAAUAUAAUUUAAAUAUGCAAGUUACUGUACCAAUGUUUGAAAUAGGUGUUGUUGCUUUUCCGUUGACAGUUGUUGGAUUUCUUUAUUGUGUUUUUUGUACCUUUUUAGUUCCAAAGACAGAAAUUGAAGAACCACCAAAAAAUCAUUCAGAAUUUAUUAUUCCAGUUAAGAUUGGUCCAAAAAGUAAUCAUAUUAAUAAACAAUUAAAAGAUACUGUUUUAUUCUUCCCUUCUCAUGGUAAAUUAUUCAGAAAUUAA